UGCUUAACGCUUGACAGUAACCACGGUCACCAUGGCAGGAAUGGCCAUGCCACUUUUCACAAUUCAUUUAAAACAGAAAAUCCUGCCUGGCAGAGUGACCAUUGGCAAAUAUGAUGGAUCGCACAGCUGUAUCACAGCAGCGACCACGGGCGACAAAGUUUUGGUACACAGCCCGCACCUGAGAAAUAAAGAUACAUCAAUACUCAAUAUAAACCAAGCUGUGACCUCAGUGUGUGCCGGUCGGUUAAACCCAAAUGAAGAUAAAGACAUAUUGCUCGUUGGAACGCCCAGCACUCUUUUGGCCUAUCACGUUGAAAACAAUACUGACCUUUUUUACAAAGAAGUUCCAGAUGGUGCCAAUUCCAUAACUAUUGGCAAAAUAGGCAGCUAUGACAUCCCUUUGGCAAUAGUCGGUGGUAACUGUUCUAUCCAGGGCUUUGACUGGGAAGGAAAUGAUCCUUACUGGACUGUGACUGGCGAUAACGUGAGAUCUCUUACUAUUUUAGACAUUGACAGCGAUGGUCAAAAUGAGUUGAUUGUAGGCUCUGAUGAUUUUGACUUGAGGGUUUUUAAAGAUGAUGCAUUGGUGCAUGAGUUGUCUGAAACUGAAGCCAUUACAACUCUUGUGGCACUACGUGACAAAAAGUUUGCAUAUUCUUUGGCCAACGGGACGGUCGGUGUUUACGACAAGCUCAAUCGUACUUGGAGGGUUAAAUCAAAAAAUGCCCCUGUGUGCCUUGCCAGUUAUGAUAUCGAUGGAGAUGGAAUCCCCGAGUUGAUCACUGGCUGGUCAAAUGGAAAAGUGGACGCCAGGAACAUUAAAACAGGGGACGUCGUUUUUCAUGAUAUCCUUCCCCACGGGAUCGCUGGGAUUGUCGUAGGUGAUUAUACUAUGAGCGGAAAGCCCCAGUUAAUAGUCUGCUCAACUCAUGGAGAAAUACGAGGGUAUGACUCGACAAGCCUGAAUAAAGAUACAGUUCAAUAUGGCGAUGUGAUCAGAGAUUUGAUGAGUAAAAAGCAAAUGUUAAUGUCAGAAUUAAGGAAUUAUUCAGCAGAUCCUUCAGGGACUGGAAUACCGGCAAAUACUAGGCUUCUAACUGACAUUAGUGUGAGUCCAGGAACAAAACUUAAUCCAGGAGGUCAUGUUGUCAUAUCAUUGUCAACUAACAAUCUCACAGUGAUUAGAUCGGCGACUGUUUUUGCUGAAGGCAUUUUUGACGGUGAAAUUUUCGUUAUGCAUCCACCUUUGGCCCAAGUUACAAACAAUCUAGAUAUUCCUCUUGUUCCUCCGAAAGACACACCACUGGAUAUUCACAUAAAGGCUUUCGUUGGUUCAAGUGCAAACAUAACACAGUUUCACGUGUUUGAAGUAACAAGGCAGCUACCUAGAUUUUCCAUGUACGAUGUGGCAUCACCUUCAUCAAGCACUAUACCUGAUAGCUACGUAACAUUCCGUUUUAAUGAAAGAGCAUCACGACUUGAAACGUGGCAAAACACAAAUUUUUUGGUGACAUCUUCUAUACUUGAAAGAGCAGGUGAAGGUUCAAGUAGAGCAGAAUGGAAUAUAUUUCUCACCUCACUGAGAGAUGGGUCAAGCCUACAGUUGAAAUGUGAAUCUGGAAAUAUGACAAUUUUCACACCACAUAUAUCCGUCGCUGCUGAUAUAGUACAAUCACUUGCUCAAUUUUUUGAUAUAGAUGAUUUACAAUCUACUGCAGAGUUUCCCUUAGUAUAUACCAGUUUAAGGGAUAAUCUAACAAAAGCCGAUGACCUACAGCAGAAUGCUACAAAAAUGUCAGCAACCGUGGCCGACACAGCAAACCUCAUCAGAGGGCUAAUUGUUCAAGCAGAAGACUCUCGACUUUUGAUGUAUAUGAAGGAUUUGAGAGAGUGUUACAGUCAAUUGCAGCAGGUCAAUAGCGAUUUGUUGAGGAAUUAUGCACUGAGGAGUGCUAAUAACAACGAACUUUUAUUGACCCUGAGGAACAUAAAUUCUGUAAUACAGCAUGCAUCCAGACUCAGAGUCGGAAAAUACAAAAAUGAAAUAAUAAGCCUAUGUAGAAAUGCUGUGGCAACUAAAAAUCUGAACAUGCUGAUAAAAGUGAUCAAGACCGGAGAGGCCUAAAUUUUUUUUAUAGAAGGGAUUGAGGAAUAUAUUUAUAACAAAUUGUUAGUUUAAUUUAUUGAAAUAAUUACA